AUGUCGACAUUCUUCAACCUCUUCAAGCGCCGCAAGGUGCCCCUCGCCUGCACGCUGUCCCUCGAGCACGGCCACGUGCACACGCAGGCGUGCUUCGUCGAGAUCAUGCCGCUGUCGGUGGUCGAGCUGUUCCAGUCCCAGGGCUGCAAGUCGUGCCCGCCCGCGCUGCCCCUGAUCCACGACGCGACCAACAACCCCAACCUGCUGCUCCUCACCUACGACGUGACCUACUGGAACCCCUCGAGCGGGUGGGAGGACACCUUCGGGUCGUCGCGGUGGGACGCGCGCCAGCGGUCGUACGUGACGCGGUGGGGCCGCAACGGCAUCUUCACGCCGCAGGUCGUGGUCGACGGCGUGGCCGACGGCAUCGGGGCCACCAGGGACGAGGUCGGCCAGAUCAUCUCCCAGGCCAUGGAGAAACGCAACGCCGCGGGUUGGGCCCUGGGGGUCGACCGGGUCGGGCACGGCGAGAUCAAGCUGGCCUCGGAACUCUCCGAGGCGGACACGACCUACGACGUCCUGGUCGUCGCCUACGACCCCGAGACUCAAACGGUCAAGGUCGGCAAGGGACCCAACAAGGGGAAGAAGGUGCCCCACCGCAACGUCGUCAAGGAGGUCUCCAAGAUCGGGGAGUGGAAGGGUGGCAUCGAGAACAUCCCCCUCCCCGAUCCCGGGAGGGACGGCUUCGAGAGGGUCGUCUUGGUCCAGGGGGGCAUGGGCGGACCCAUCGUCGCCGCCAUGAAGUUGUAGAUAGAUUCUGGCCGUACCAACUGACGAUUACCGCAGUAUAGAUGAAUGGCUGGGAAUGAAGAGACUGCUCGGAAAAGUGUGAAUGAGGCAUGGUGGGAACAUAUAGGAAUAAUGAAACGUCGUCGACUGGACUCUUGCAACGUAUUGAAACAGCUUUCUUAUUUCCAAUGCUACGAUGCCACCACGAGACGGAUGAGAUCGACAAGGUACACAUGGAAAAGAAAU